AUGGGUUGUAAGGUAAGAUAUUGGAAGAUUUAUAAGGGCAUGGAUCAUGCUAAGUCUAAUGUUAGGGGAACACAUGAGCACGAAUAUGCAGUUCUUAGUGCGUACCGGUAUAUGCUUGAAGUUCCGAAUCGAGGAAGCAAGAUGGCAUUGUCACUCGAUGAAAAUGGGAGGUUCCAGUACUUCUUUGUAUCAUAUGCUGCUUGGAUAAUUGGUUUUCAAGAAAUGAGAAAAGUAAUAGCCGUUGAUGUUACAUUUAUAUGGAGAAAGUAUGGAGGAGUUCUACUAUCGGCAGUGGCACAAGUUGCCAAGAAUAAUAUAUUUCCAUUGGCUUUCUGUGUCGUGGACAAGGAAUGUGAUGCCUCAUAUGAAUAUUUCUUUCAAAAUAUGAGAAGCUUUCUAGAUGAUACAGAUGAGUUGUGCAUUAUCUCUGAUAGGCAUCCAAGUAUUCGAAAGAUGGUUUUGAGAAUCUACCCUGUAUCUCACUAUGAUUGUUGCAUGAGACACCUUGGGGAAAAUAUUCGAAAUAACUUUCACAAUUCAAAGGCAGUGUCCCAUUUUUAUAAAUUAGCAAAGGCGUGCGAUAUAAGUGAGUUCAAUGGUCAUUUCAAUAAAAUAAGAGAUUUGGUACCAAAGUCCGCUGAAACUCUUGAAUGUAUUGGAAUUCACACAUGGAGUAGGGAAUUUUGCCCGGGAAAUAGAUAUAAUAUUAUGACGUCAAAUAUUACAGAAUCGGUAAAUGCUAUGUUUGAUGUUGAAAGAGAAUUUCCCAUUGUCGCUCUAUUUGAUGAAAUAAACAGGAGAUUUGCAUUGUUAUUUCACUAG